AUUUGUAAGGAGUUGUGGAGUAGAUCCGAGCUCCGAACUCUGCCCUUGUCCCAUCGCUGUAAGGUAUUACGUUCGUGAUGUUCUCGGAAUGUCAGCAAUUUUUUAAAAUAUAUCUAUAAGUUUCUGAUGUAUCACGACCGUCUAGGCUGAUGUUUUGAUAUUUACAGGCUGAUAUUCUGGUAUUUUGUUGAUAACAUUUGUUUCUCUCAUACGUUAGUUAGAUUUAGUAAAACGGCAUCGUAUCAAAACUGCACCAAAUUUGUAUGACGAAAACGGCACAAAAUGUGAACGUUAUCCACGAUAUAGGCUAUAUUUUUUUUAUGUGUCAUUUCAGUAUUUCAUUUUCAUAGCCAUCUUAUAUGUUUUUGAAAGCUGUACUAAGGCUUUGAAUGUUGUAACCCAGAUUAUACAUCUUUUGAACAGGAGUUGCAUGAAAGUCAUGAUUCAAUCUGUGUCCUAUAUUAUUAGUCUGAAAAUAUGACUUCCUCUUUUCUUCUGUUACACAAACAAUUAGCCAUCUUUCCUGCUGUAGCUGUAGAAAGGGAUCAUGAGGUUGCAAUGUGUCCCCAAGACAAAUGUGUGCCACUGUACCUUGCUGUUCAUGUCAUCAACCAUUGGAUGCUCUGACCCCAAUUCCAUUGGUUCAGACUGACUGGAAACUGGAACAUUGCUGACUGAAAAACUGACAGACAAAUAACUCUAUGGUUUACUGUCAAGAAAUUUUUGAAUCAGUAUCCAUUAUGAACAUACAGAGCGAAAAGCAAGAAAACGAUGUCCUAGUUAAAGAAGAUCUAAGCACUGAAGAUGCUGAAAGCCAGACAGCUGCAAGUACCGGUGAUCACAAUGUUUGUUAUAGUGUAGUCAAACUGUUCCCAUGUGUCGAUUGUGGGAUAACAUUUACAGAACUUGGCGACCUACAGGCACACAUGAGGCGUCAGAGUGGUGCCAAGCCCUAUCAGUGUGGUGAGUGUGGGAAGGCAUUUACAGAAUCUGGAGACCUGCAGACCCACAUGGAACAACACAGUGGCGGAAAACCAUAUAAAUGUGGUGAGUGUGGAAAAACAUAUGUGACAUCAAACAGCUUGCAGAGGCACAUUAGGCUCCACAGUGGGAACAGGCCUUUUAAUUGUGGGGAGUGCGGAAAAUCAUUUACAAACUCAAGUGACCUGAAGAGACACAUGAUGGCUCACAGUGGAAUUAAACCAUUUAAGUGCAGUGAGUGUGGGAAGGCAUUUACUACAUCGAACUACCUGCAGACACACAUGAGAUAUCACAGUGGGGUGAAGCCUUACCCAUGUACGGAGUGUGAUAAGGCUUUUACAACAUCAAGCCACUUGCAGACCCAUAUGAAAUGCCACUCAGGUGACCAGCCUUAUCAGUGCAGUGAGUGUAUGAGCACAUUUAGUACAUCGAAUUAUUUAAUGACUCACAUGAGAUGUUCUCACAAAAUACUCAAGCCCCACCAGUGUACCGUUUGUGAGAAAGCAUUCAAACGAUCUAGUGACCUGCAGACACACGUGAGGAGCCACACAGGAUUUAAACCCUACCAGUGCACAGAAUGUGGAAAAACAUUUACUCAGUCAAACCACCUUCAAGCACACCUGCGGUCUCACAGUGGCGCCAAACCUUACCAGUGCAGUGAGUGUGGGAAGGCUUUUUCAACAUCAAGUAACAUGAAUGCACACAUGAUGUGUCACACAGGAGUGCGGCCUCAUCGGUGUCUUGAGUGUGGGAAGGCAUUUGCAACAACCAGUCAACUGCGGACUCACACGAGAGGUCACAGUGGAGUGAGGCCUUAUUCAUGUUCCAAGUGUGGGAAGUCAUUUAUAACGUCAGGUCACCUGAAGCGGCACAUGACGUGUCACAGUGGGGCCAGGCCUUACCAGUGUAGUGAAUGCGAGAGAGCCUUUUCACAGAAAGGCCAUCUCCAGACACAUAUGAAAUGUCACCGUGGUGACAAGAUGCCACGGAAAGUCAGAAAGAAGAUUGGUCGAAAACCAAAGAGAGGCAAAAGUAAGAAGCUGAUAGCUUCAACACAUAAUGAUCACAACUACUGCCUGCAUCAAAAUCUUGAUCCAGGUGAACACCACAUCAUCCACACGUUAAUGAUGGAACCACAGAAUGCUGGCAUGGACUGUGAGAGAGCAUUGCCAGAAACAGGUGAUCUAAAGAAAGAACCUGUUACUGACACAGGUGCAAACACUGACUGUGAGAGAGAAUUGCUGGACAUAGAUGACCUGAAACAAGAACCUGUGCAAACACUGACUGUAAGAGAAUUGCUAGACAUAGAUGACCUGAAACAAGAACCUGUUACAGAUAUAGGUGCAAACACUGACUGUGAAAGAGAAUUCCUGGAUAUUAGUGACCUGAAACAAGAAUCUGUUACUGACACAGGUGUAGGUGACCUGAAGCAAGAACCUGUUACUGACACAGGUGUAGAUGACCUGAAACAAGAACUUGUUACUGACACAGGUAAAAACACUGACUGUGAGAGAGCAUUACUGAAAAUAGGGGACCUGAAACAAGAACCGGUUACUGAUAUAGGUGCAAACACUGACUGUGAGACAGAAUUGCUUGAAAUAGGUGAUCUCAAGAAAGAACCUGGUACUGACAUAAGAGAAGGCAAUGACUUUGAAGGAGCAUUAGUGAAAACAAUUGAUCUAGAGCUCAAGAAAAAGAAUCAUUUUGAAGUUAUAACAAAGUGUUGUGCAUGUACUGAGUGUGGGAAAACAUUUGGACAGUCAUCGACCCUGGAGUAUCAUUUGAGGAUUCACAGUGGAGUGAAGCCUUACCAUUGUACUGAAUGUGGGAAAGAAUUUAGACAAUCUGGUCACCUGAAGACACACAUGAGCAGUCACAGUGCAGUCAAGCCUUAUGAAUGCAAUGUGUGUGAUAAAAAGUAUAAACUUCCAGGUGAUCUGCGGACACACAUGAAGGUUCACAAUGGAAUCAAGACUUAUCAGUGUGAGGUGUGUGAGAAAACGUUUACACAGUCUUGUGCCCUCAAAGACCAUAUGAGAAUUCACAGUGGAAUGAAGCCUUAUGAGUGCACUGACUGUGGGAAACAAUUCUCUCAGUCAGGUAACCUGACAAGACACAUGUUGACACACAGUGGAAUCAAGCCAUAUCAGUGUGAUGAGUGUGGGCAAACGUUUGUACAAUUGGUUCAUUUGCAGGCUCAUUUGAACAGUCACAGCGAAAUCAAGCAUUUGAAGUGUGGUGAAUGUGGGAAAGAGUUUAAACAAUCAUCUUCGCUGAAGAUCCACAUUAGGAGUCACAGUGGAGUCAAGCCUCAUCUAUGUAACGAGUGUGGGAAAACAUUUACACGCCAAGCUCUGCUGAAAGCUCAUUUGAGGAUUCACAGCAGAGUGAAGCCUUAUAAGUGUACUGAAUGUGGGAAAGAAUUUAAUCAAUCAGGUAACCUGAAUAGACACAUGAGCAGUCACAGUUCAAUCAAGCUUCAUGCCCAUCUGAGGAAUUGCAGUGGAGUCAAUCACAUAUGCCAUUCUGGUGAUUGUGUCCGUUUCAGCUUCAUUCGCAAUACCAGAUUGCUCCAGUGCCGUUUCUUGCAUUGCCAACCCCGAAGAAGUUAUUGCUCAUGUAUAUAUGCAGCUCGAGAAGCAGGGAGGUCACACACAAAGGAGACGGAGGAAUUGAACAUUCACAAGCUAAUGAUGGAAAUACAAAGCCAACCACAGAGUCCUGGCUCUGUUGCUGAAACAAAUGUGACCAUGGACUGUGAGUCAGCCUUGCUAGAAACACAUGAUUUACACGAACAAGAUGUUUCUGACAAGACACAAGCAGAUAAGAACCUUGUCUCUAUUGACACAGACAGAAACCCAGACUAUGAGAGAACAUUGCUAGAAACACAUGAUUUCCAGGAACAAGAUGACCUCAAGGACCAAGUCUCUUUUGACUCUGACCGAAACCCAGACUAUGAGAGAACAUUGCUAGAAACACAUGAUUUCCAGGAACAGGAUGACCUCAAGGACCAAGUCUCUAUUGACUCUGACCGAAACCCAGACUAUGAGAGAACAUUGCUAGAAGCACAUGAUUUCCAGGAACAAGAUGACCUCAAGGACCAAGUCUCUAUUGACUCUGACCGAAACCCAGACUAUGAGAGAACAAUUGUAGAACCAGGAGUGGUCAAGAAACGCAGAAAUCGUAGGAGGACAGUUAAGCUGCCUCACGUUUGUGAUGAGUGUGGGAGAACAUUUGUUCAAUCUGGUGACAUGAAAAGGCAUAUGCUUCGUCACAGUGGCAUCAAGCCUUAUCAGUGUGGAGAGUGUGGAAAAUCCUUUACACAGUCAGGUAGCUUGCACACUCAUUUGAGGAUUCACAGUGGGAUCAAACCUUACAGGUGUGUUGAAUGUGGGAAAGAAUUUACACAAUCUUGUAACCUUCAGUCGCACAUGAGAAGUCACAAUGGAAUCAGACCGUACCAGUGUACCGAAUGUGGGAAAGAAUUCACACAAUCUUGCAACCUUCAGUCACACAUGAGGAGUCACAGUGGAAUCAAACCUUACCGAUGUACCGAAUGUGGAAAAGAAUUCACACAAUCAAGUAACCUACAGUCACACAUGAGAAGUCACACCGGAAUCAAACCUUAUAAGUGCAAUGAGUGUGACAAAGCCUUUACCCGCUCAGGCCACCUGCAGGCCCAUCUGAGGAUUCACAGCGGAAUCAGGCCAUUUAUGUGUCGAGAAUGUGGGAGAACAUUUACUCAAUUAGGUGACAUGAAAAGGCACAUGCUUUGCCACAGUGGACUGAAGCCUUUUCAGUGUGGAGAGUGUGGGAAAGCAUUUACACGCUCAGUUUAUCUGCAGACACACAUGGUAAGCCACACUGGGUUAGCCUCGCUGGAACUGAGCUUGAAUAUUGACUGUGUCACUAAAACAAAUGUAAUCAUGGACUGUGAGAGAGCAUUGCCAGAUUUAGGUGAUCUGAAGAAAGAACCUGUUACGGACACUGGUGGCUAUUUUGACUAUGAGAGAGUAUUAGAAACAAGUGAUCUCAAACAAGGUGUUACUGACACAGAUGGAAACACUGACUGUGAGAGAGCAUUAGUGGACGUAGGUGACCUGAAACAAGAACCCGUUCCUGAUGUAGGUGCAAACAGUGACUGUGAGAGAACAUUACUGAAAACAAAUGACCUGAAACAAGAACCUGUUACUGACACAGGUGCAAACACUGACUGUGAGAGAGAAAUGCUGGACAUAGAUGACCUGAAACAAGAACCUCUUACUAACAGGGGUGGCAAUUUUGACUGUGAAAGAGCUUUAGAAACAAGUGAUCUCAAGAUAGAACCUGUGACUGACAAAAGUGGAAACACUGACUAUGAAGGAAUAUUGCCAGAAAUAGCUAGUCUUGGAAAAGAGCCUGUUGUUGAAACAGGUAGAAAAACUGUCUGUGAGAGAACAUUACUAGAAAUAGAUGACCUGAAACAAGAACCUGUUACUGAUAUUGGUGGAAACACUGACUGUGAGAGAGCAUUACUGGAAAUAGAUGACCUGAAACAAGAACCUGUUACUGAUAUAGGUGCAAACACUGACUGUGAGAAAGGUGUGAUGGAAACAGGUGAUGUCAAGAAAAGCAAAGGUUGUGAGGUUCCAGCAAAGCAAUCAUAUACUUGUAAUGAAUGUGGGAAAACAUGUACAUGUGUAUCUGCCCUGAAAAUUCAUUUGAGGAUUCAUAGUGGAGUGAAGCCUUACCAGUGUGCUGAAUGUGGGAAAGAAUUUAAACAGUCUGGUCACCUGAAGACACACAUGAGCAGUCACAGUACAAUCAAGCCUUAUGAGUGUAGUGUGUGUGAUAAAAGAUAUAAACUAGCGGGUGAUCUGCGGGCACACAUGAAGAUUCACAAUGGAAUCAAGCCCUAUCAGUGUGGGGAGUGUAAGAGAAUGUUUGCACAGUCAUGUGCCCUGAAGGCACACAUGAGAAUUCACAGUGGAAUCAAGCCAUUUCAGUGUGGUGAAUGUAAGAAGAUGUUCACACAGUCAAGUUCUUUGAAGGCACACAUGAGGAUACACAGUGGAAUCAAGCCUUAUGAGUGCACUGAAUGUGGGAAACAGUUCACGCAAUCAUACACCCUGACGAGACACAUGUGGACUCACAGUGUAACCAAGCCUUAUCAGUGUGAUCGGUGCGAGGAAACAUUUGUGCAGUUGGAGGAGUUGCAAGCUCAUGCUAAUCAUCACAGUGAAAGGAAGAAUUUCCAAUGUGGGGAAUGUGGGGAAGAAUUUACACAAUCAUCUGUCCUAAAGAAACACUUGAGGAGUCACAGCAGAGUCGAGCCUUAUCUGUGUAAUGAUUGUGAGAAAACAUUUACAAGCUUAGCUCUCCUGGACAGCCAUUUGAAGAUUCACAGUGAAGUAGUCAAGCCCUAUCAGUGUACAGAAUGUGGGAAAGAAUUUACACAUCCUGGCCACCUGAAGACACACAUGAACAGCCACAGUGUAAACAAGCCUCAUGCGUGCAAUGUGUGUGAUAAAAGAUAUAUACUACCAGGUGAUCUGCAGACACACAUGAGGGUGCACAAUGGAAUCAAGCCUUGUCAAUGUCCUGAAUGUGGGAAGAAGUUUAGACAUGCAAACAGCCUGGCAAAGCAUGUCUUGACUCACCGCGUAACCAAGCCUUAUCAGUGUGGUCAGUGUGAGGAAGCAUUUGUCCAAUCGAAAGAACUGCGAGCUCAUUGGAGUCAUCACAGUGGAAUUAAGAAUUUAAAGUGUGGUGAAUGUGGGAAAAGAUUCGCACAGACAAGCAGCUUGAACAGACACUUGAAGAUUCACAGUGGCAUCAAGCCAUAUGAGUGUACUGAAUGUGGGAAAAGAUUCACACAGUCAAGCAGCUUGGAGUACCAUAUGAGGAAUCAAAGAAGGAUCAAACCUUAUCAGUGUAAUCAGUGUGAGAAAACAUUUAUACACACAUGUGCCGUGCAGAUCCAUCUGAAGAAUCACAGUGGAGUCAAGCCAUAUAUGUGUAAGAAAUGUGGGGGAUCUUUUGUGAACUUAAAUGACUUGAAAAAGCACAUUUGUCACAGUGAGGUGAAGCCUUUUCAGUGUGUUGAGUGUGGGGAAGAAUUUACACAUUCAUCUGACUUGCAUAAACACACAGGAAGUCACAUCAAAAUCAAGCCUCAUGUGUGUGAUGAAUGUGGGAAAGCAUUUAAACUUCCAAGUCACCUGCAGACCCAUCUGAAGAUUCAUAAUGUAGUGAAGCCUUUUAAAUGUGGUGCAUGUGGGAAAGACUUCACACAUGCAUGCACCUUGCAGGCACACAUGAGGUUUCACAGUGGAAUCAAGCCAUAUCAGUGUACCGAUUGUGGGAAAGAAUUUACACAAUCACGUAGUUUGAAGAACCACAUUAGUCAAAGUAGAAUAAAACCUUAUCAGUGUAGUCAGUGUGAUAAAACAUUUACACACUCUUGUGCUGUGCAGGUCCAUCUGAGGAAUCACAGUGGAUUCAAGCCACAUAUGUGUCAGGACUGUGGGCGAAAUUUUAUGCAUUUAAAUGACUUGAAAGAGCACAUGUGUCACACUGAAGCCUUUUCGGGGAAAAUCUACAGCGUCUUCCACAGCGACGAACGCAUCGGCCGCAUCAGCUGCAAUAGAUCUUAUCGUGAAUUGUGUGAAAGUGAACAGCAUAUCAUCCACAAUCUGAUGAUGGACGGCCAAGGCUCUGUCAAUGAAACACAUUUGAGAGACUGUGAGAGAGCAUUUCUAGAAACAAGUGAAGUCCAAAAAGAGCCUGUUACUGACACAGGUGGUCUCAAGAAACAUUCUGUUACUGACACAGGUGGCAACACUGACUGUGAGAGAGAAUUACUGGACAUAGAUGACCUGAAACAAGAGCCUGUUACUGACUCAGGUGGUCUCAAGAAACAUUCUGUUACUGACACAGGUGGCAACACUGACUGUGAGAGAACACUGAUGCUGGUAACAGAUGAUGCUAAGAAAAGCAAAGUCUGUGAGGUUCCAUCAAGGCAUCGUCAUAAGUGUGGAGAAUGUGGGAAAGUGUUUCGACGUUCAAGUACCCUGAACACUCAUUUGAGGAUUCACAGUGGAGAGAAGCCUCAUAAAUGUACUAAAUGUGGGAAGGAGUUUACACAAUCAUGGACCUUGAAGUCACACAUGACCACUCACACUGCAAUGAGGCCUUAUGAAUGCACUGUGUGUGAUAAAAAGUAUAAACGUCCAGAACAUCUCCGGACACACAUGUUGACACACUCUGGAAUCAAGCCUUAUAAGUGUGGUGAGUGUGGGAAAUCGUAUACAUACCAACAUGCCCUCAAAGUUCAUUUGAGAAUUCACAGUGGAAUGGAGCCUUAUCAGUGUGAUAAGUGUGGGAAAACGUUUACAUACCCACAUUCCCUCAAAGUUCAUUUGAGAAUUCACAGUAGAGUCAAGCCUUAUCAGUGUGGCAAGUGUGGGAAACAGUUUCCAUUCUCAGAGACCCUAAUGAGACACAUGUUGACACAUAUUGGAAUCAAGCCUUAUGAAUGUACUGAAUGUGGGAAACGAUUCACACAAUCAUGGAACCUGAGGAGGCACAUGCGGACACAUAAUGGAGUCAAGCCUUAUCAGUGUGGUGAGCAUGAGAGAAAGUUCACAGAUUCAAAUGCCCUCGAAGUUCAUUUGAGAAUUCACAGUGGAAUCAAGCCUUAUCAGUGUGAUAAGUGUGGGAAAACAUUUGUACUAAAUCAUGUACUACAGGAUCAUUUAAAUACUCACAGUGAAAUCGAGCAUUUCACACGUGAAUGUGGGAAACAAUUUCCGCAAUCAUCUACCUUGCAGAAACAACAGCAAAGCCAACAACAGAAUCAUGGCUCUGUCACUGAAAAAAAUUUGAGAGACUGUGACAGAGCAUUACUAGAAACAAGUGAUGUCCAAAAAGAGCCUGUUACUGAUGCAGGUGAAAUCACUGACUGUGAGAGAGCAUCACUGGAAACAGUUGAUCUCAAACAAGAACCUGUUACUAAUAUAGGUGCAAAUACUGAAUGUGAGAGAGCAUUAUUUGAAACAUGUGAUGUCCAACAAGAACCUGUUACUGACACAGGUGGCAACACUGACUGUGAGAGAGAAUUACUGGACAUAGGGGACCUGAAGCAAGAACCUGUUACUGAUUCAGGUGGUCUCAAGAAACAUUCUGUUACUGAUGUAGGUGGAAACAUUGACUGUGAGAGAACACUGAUGCUGGUAACAGAUGAUGCUGAGAACAGUAAAGUCUGUGAGGUUCCAUCAAGGCAUCGUCACAAGUGUGGAGAAUGUGGGAAAGUGUUUCAACGUUUAUGUCACCUGAACACCCAUUUGAGGAUUCACAGUGGAGAGAAACCUUAUAAGUGUACUAAAUGUGGGAAAACGUUUUCACAAUCAUGUCACUUGAAGUCACACAUGAGCAGUCACAGUACAAUCAAGCCUUAUGAAUGCAGUGUGUGUGAUAAAAGGUAUAAACGUCUAUGUGAUCUCCAGACACACAAGAAGGUUCACAGUGGAAUCAAGCCUUAUGGGUGCGCUAAAUGUGGAAAACAAUUCACAAAAUCAAGUAACCUGACGAGACACAUGUUGAUUCACAGUGGAAUCAAGCCUUAUGAGUGUGGUGAGUGUGGGAAAACAUUUCUACUAAAGGAUGCACUGAAGGCCCAUUUAAAUACUCACAGUAAAGUCAAGCAUUUCAAGUGUGGGGAAUGUGGGAAAGAAUUUAUGCAGUUGUCUACCUUGCAGAAACACAUGAAUAUUGAAGAGCAUAACAUCCACAAUCUGAUGAUGGACGUGCAAGUUCAACAACAGAAUCAUGGCUCUGUUACUGAAACACACGUUAGAGACUGUGAGAGAGCAUUGCUAGAAACAAGUGAUGUCAAAAAAGAACCUGUUACUGAUACAGGUGCAAACACAGGUGAGAGAGAAUUGCUAGACAUAGGGGACCUGAAACAAGAACCUGUUACUGACUCAGGUGGUCUCAAGAAACAUUCUGUUACUGAUGUAGGUGGAAACAUUGACUGUGAGAGAACACUCUUGCUGGUAACAGAUGAUGCUGAGAAAAGCAAAGGCUGUGAGGUUCCAUCAAGGGAUCGUCAUAAGUGUGGUGAAUGUGGGAAAGUGUUUCAACGUUUAUGUCACCUGGACAGUCAUUUGAGGAUUCACACUGGAGUGAAACCUUAUAAGUGUACGGAAUGUGGAAAAGAAUUUAGACAAACUAGUCACCUAAAAAAACACAUGACCAGUCACAGUACAGUCAAGCCUUAUGAGUGCAGUGUGUGUGAUAAAAGGUAUAAACUACGAAGUGAUCUGCGGGCACAUUUGAAGGUUCACAGUGGAAUCAAGCCUUAUCAGUGUGGAGAAUGUGAGAAAUCGUUUAUAAAUUCAACUGCCCUGCAUAAUCAUUCAAAGAUUCACAGUGCAAUCAAGCCUUAUCAGUGUGAAGAGUGUGAGAAAUCGUUUACAAAUUCAACUGCCCUGCACAUUCAUUCAAGGAUUCACAGUGGAAUCAAGCCUUAUGAGUGCGCCGAAUGUGGGAAACAAUUCUCUCGGUCAAGUUCCCAGAAGAAACACAUGUUGACACAUACGGGAAUCAAGCCUUAUCAGUGUGGUGAGUGUGGAAAAAUGUUUACAUUUUCAAGUAGCCUGAUCAUGCAUUCAAGGAUUCACAGUGGAAUCAAGCCUUAUCAGUGUGGAGAGUGUGAGAAAUCGUUUACAAGUUCAACUGCCCUGCAUCUUCAUUCAAGGCUUCACAGUGGAAUCAAGUCUUAUGAGUGCGCUGAAUGUAGGAAACAAUUCUCUCAGUCAAGUACCCUGACGAGACACAUGUUUACACACAGUGGAAUCAAGCCUUAUAAGUGUGGUGAGUGUGAGAAAACGUUUACAUGCUCAAGUAAGCUGAUCGUUCAUUCAAGGAUUCACAGUGGAAUCAAGCCUUGUCAGUGUGAUACGUGUGGGAAAACAUUUACAAAUUCAGCUGACCUGCUCGUUCAUUCAAGGACUCACAGUGGAAUCAAGCCUUAUGAGUGUACAGAAUGUGGGAAACAAUUCUCUCAGUCAGGUACCCGGACGAGACACAUGUUGACACACAGUGGAAUCAAGCCUUAUCAAUGUGGCGAGUGUGAGAAAACGUUUACAUGCUCAAGCAACCUGCUCGUUCAUUCAAGGCUUCACAGUGGAAUCAAGCCUUAUGAGUGCACUGAAUGUGGGAAACAAUUCUCUCAGUCAAGUAGCCUGACGAGACACAUGUUUACACACAGUGGAAUCAAGCCUUAUCCGUGUGGUGAGUGUGAAAAAAACGUUUGCAAAUUCAACUGACCUGCACAUUCAUUCACGGAUUCACAGUGGAAUCAAGCCUUAUGAGUGCACUGAAUGUGGAAAACGAUUCACAAAAUCAAAUAACCUGACGAGACACAUGUUUACACACAGUGGAAUCAAGCCUUAUCAGUGUGGUGA